AUGUCGCCACGUGCGCCUGUCCGCCGUCGCCGCCGCCGCGUGCGUGACUCGAUCGAGAACGACGACGACGACGUGCUGGACGCAAUGCUGGUCGAGCUCGGCAUACCUACCGACGCGCACGAACCCAAGCCGAGCGCUGCCGCCGCCGACGUCAUUGAACUCGUGACGCCGCCGCAAACGCCCUCUGGGUACGCAAAAAAACGGCAAAAAAACCAUUGCGACGAGCGUUCGAUUGUCGACUUGACCACGUCUCCCUCAUCGCCACAGGAGCUCUCGAGAGGCUACACGCAGACCCACUCGACAAGUGGCUGCAUCGACCUCAUUACACUGGAAAACAACAACUCUGAAUCAAACGAAUCAAACGAAUCGAACGAAUCAAACACACCGCACGUGUGGCCGAACUCACCGCUGUCCGAGUCCUUUGCGUCGUUGUCGUCGUGGGAAGGCACAAGUCUCAGUCGCGUCUCGUCGUCACCGGACGUUGUGGUUUCGUGUCGCUCGUCGCCCGAGUUGGCGUCGACUGAUGCCGAACGUCUGCCAGCGGACCGCCAAGCGCCGAAAAAAACGCCACGGGCCAAAAAAGCGCCACAAGAGCGACGACUGUCUGCGAGUUUCGAACACUUGCGAGUCGCCAUGACGAAAAAAACACAAAGCAGUGAAUCAAACCGGAAUCAAACAACGCAAGAGUUGGCAGGGGCUGCUAUGGCUACAAAAAGAACUGCUACAGCUACUGCUGCUAUGGCUACACAAACUACUACAGCUGCUGCUGGUACGGACAGUGCUGCUGCCCAAUUGGAUGCAGAGAUUGAAGUGCCGAUGUCACUGACGAGAUGGAAGCAAACUCGAUCGAGGGCUGCAAGUGGGACACGUCGUGACGCCACUGCCGCAGUUGGAACGUUGACGAUGGUGGCAGUGGUGAUGCUGCAGAUGGAACAGGCGCUGAACUCGUCGGUUAUGGGUCAGAGCAUUCGACAGGCAUUACAGAGUCACGUGUACAAUGGCAAACCCGUGCCGUAUACAAUUGCAGCGCCGCUGGAUUGUAUCGUGCCGGGAGUGAUUCGGUGGGAGCGGCGAGAUGGCGAGAUUGUGCAUUGUUGCUGUGCGAUCUACUACGAAGCAACGGAGUUUCUCCAGGUGUUGCAGCAGAAAAGCUACGGGGAAGUAGUUGCUGCUGUGCAGUACCUGCGAACGCUGGUCCCGACAGACCAGCACUCGACAUGCGAGACUGAACGAGCUAACGAGCAGCAAGAGAUUCGUAGCUUUUUCGUCAUUGUUGAAGGAAUGGACCGUGCGCUGAUCGAAGAGAAGAAGCGGCAAAAGAAGAGGAAAACGGCUGGCUCGACUACCAUCGCAAGUGGCGAGUCUCCGGCGAUCACUUUUGCGGAUUUGCACGAAGUGGCCUUCCAGUUGUAUAUGGACCUGGGAGCUCAUACAAAGUUCACGUGUGACCUCGAUGAUACGGUGAACUACAUUGCUCUGCUGACUCGUGAACUCGUGAUUGCAUCAUCGCGUGCAUCUCUUUCCGAGGAAUACCUGGAAGCCGUACCUCGGUGCAACUCAUUCCGAGUGACUCAUACCGGAGCUACUACAAGUGCGUGUGCCAACACUUGGUUGCGAAUGCUCCAAGUCAUACCUGGUGUGAGUGAGGGCAAAGCGCAGUGUCUUUUGGACCACUUUCCUACGUUCGACAGUCUCAUGCGAGCGUAUCAAGACCCGAACGCAACGCUUGCGCAGAAACAGGAUCUUGUGGCGGACAAAUUGCGCGACGGUCGGAUUCAGCGAGCUCUUUCGAAGCGCAUUUACUCUGUCUUUUGCGAGGAGAACCCCAACGCGUUGGUGUAG